AUGGCUAUUGAUACCUCGAAGCUUGAGUCUUUUAAUGACACGUCAGUAGGUAAUCUUCUUGGUAGCUUAAGCAAGGUUUAUUCAAAUAACAACCUUCUUUUACUUGAUAGAUCGCUAUCACCACUCGUCAAUUUUUUGACGCCAUUCCUGAAAUUGAAAGAAGCAGGGAAGUUUGACAAGUUGACAUGGAUCGAUGAAGCUCAGAAUAAUGAGUUGCUUCGUAGUUUCGGAGGGCUCAUUUUGCUUAUUGGGGAAUCUAGUGAGAAUUUAACAUACAUUAAAGAGCUAGCCUCGUCGGACUAUAAACUAAAUAUUAUUGUUAAAAAUCUAUCGAAGUCAUUUGUUUUUCUGAUCAACCAGCUAUUGAAGGGCCUGCUCAGCUUCGAAUAUGUUUCGAGUAAUGAUUUUUCCCUGGUUGUGAAAGUGAAACCAGGUAUUAAGUUGAUGAAGUGGGAAAGCUAUCCUAUUUUUGUUGAUGACAUAUUAUCGGUUGAGCUUCCUUACGGUGGCCUUGAAUCGUAUUUCAAUCAGCCUCUUGAGCAACUUUUCUAUUUAUCGGAAGCAUUCAUUAGAGUUAUGAAGAAUUCGAAGUCUUUUAGUGACAAAUAUAUGAAGAUCAAGAACAUAUAUGGUAAAGGAAAUCACUCUGAUUUAUUUAUCAAAUUAAUCAACAAUGAAAAAAUUCCUGAGUUCUUAAAUAAAGAAUUGAACGACUUGGAAAAGCAGUUUUACCAAGAAGAGCUUAGAGGUAACACUGAUCUAGUUGUUUUGGAACGGAACCUCGACUUUAGUUCUGUAGCAUACAGUCAAUUGAGCUAUCAAGGACUAAUUGAUGACUUAUUUGAAACUACAUUUGAUAGCACUUUAAUAGGAGACAAGAAAUUAAACCUUGAUGAUGAUCUAUAUAAAGAUCUUAAAGAUCUAAAUUUUGCCUCGGUGGGACCAAAGCUUAACAAAGCAGCAAGGUUUAUCCAGAAUGAAUUUCGGCAAAAAGACAAGGUUAACGAUUUAGACGAGAUCAGAAAGCUUGUAAAUAAUCUUGGAAACUUAACAACUAAGCAGGACUUAAUAAAAAAGCACACCCUAAUUUCAGAAUCUAUAUUGAACUUUAUUAAAUUUUCAAAUGUUGAUGGCUCUGAAUCGUUGAAUAAGCAAUAUGAAUGUUUCUUGGAAUUUGAAAAUGAAAUAUUUGAAACUGAUAAUAGAAAACACUUGUCCACUUUGAAGUCGUUCUUCAAUGAAGGCUUCGAUGCAAAGAUUGUAGUAUCUGCCAUAGUUUUGAUCUCAAUAUUUGACAAUGGUAUCAAAGAAAGGGAUAUAGACUGGAUCACGAAUGAUGGACUAGAAAACUACGGCUUGAAGUUUGUUGCAAGUCUAGAGAAAUGCAUCAAACUCAACUUGAUAAGAGUUGUUGCUGAUGGAGACUUCUUGAGCAGUUUCACGGGCCUAGGCACCAAUGAAAUCAUAGAGUUGAAUGAAGAAGCAGAAAACUUAGGAAUAACGGGGGGACAAGACGCGUUGAAAAGUAACUAUACGCUUAUUGAUAAAUUUUGGAACCUCCACCCAACAGUCGAAGAUGACGGUGUCGCAGGCGAUUUGAUAGAUCAAUACCCAGCACCUUCGUUUACAUUGCCGUCUUCUUCGGUCCCCAUAUUGUGCCGUUUAGUGGAAUCUUUGUAUUUCAGAGACUUUUUGAAGUACAAGCCCGUGGUCAAUACCACCAGAAGACCAACAUGGGAGAAACUAGGCGUGGACCUGAUGUUUCGAGGAAAGUCCCUGGACAUCAAUGUGUGUGACCGUCUGAAGCAAGAACCCAACGGUGUCUCUCAUCAGCCACCUCAAUUCGUCUCCGAGGAAUUCAUUGUCAUAGUCAUCAUCGGAGGAAUCACUCGUAGUGAAAUAUCUUGCUUCAAGUAUCUACAACAACGACUCCAAAGAGCUGGUCAAAAUAAAAAGAUCAUAGUAUUAAGUUCUGGCAUCGUGAAUAACACCAAAAUGUAUAAUUUGUUAUAUACUUAA